AUGAGCAGCAGCAACACCAGCACGCUGCCGCAGCAGCAGCAGCAGCAUCCAGCAGCUGCUGCUGAGCAGCAGCAGCAGCCAGCAGUGAGCGAACGUCGCGCAGCAGCAAUCUGCAGCAGCAGCAAGCAGCAGCCAGCAGCAGCAGCAAGGCGGCAGCACCUCAGCUGCUGCUGCCGCAGCAGGCAGCAGCCGCAGCAGCAGCAGCAGCAGCAGCAUAACCAGCGGCUGCCAGCAGCAGCACCAGCAGCAAUAACGCCGUUGCCAGCAGCAGCAGCCAGCAGCACAACGCCAAGCUCCAGCAGCAGCACCAGCAGCAACGCUGCUGCCCAGCAGCAGCACCACAGCAACCAGCAGCGUCAACGCCGCUCCAGCAGCAGCAGCACAUCGUCAGCUCCAGCAGCAGAUAACGCCGUCUCCAGCAGCGUUAACCAGCAGCACAACGCCGCCCAGCAGCAGCAGCACAUCACUCCAGCAGCAGCAACGCCGUCCAGCAGCAGCACCAGCAGCACAACGCCGCCCAGCAGCAGCAGCACAUCAACGCCGCCCAGCAGCAGUAGCACACGCCGCUCCAGUAGCAGCAGCAGCAACGCCGCUCCAGCAGCAGUAACCAGCAGCACAACGUCGCCGCCAGCAGCAGCUGCUGCCAGCAUUAGCAACGCCGCUCCAGCAGCAGCAGCCUAG